UAUAAAGCAAAUGCCGGGGCUAGUGCAGGGCAGAGGGGGAGUUCUGCAGGGUCAAAAAUACACAGGAGCUACAAAUCAGAAACUCAGCAGCAGACCGGCGCAACUUUUCUAACAAGCACAUUUAUUUUUUUUUUACUACUUUUGAUUAAACUCUGGUCGCUGCAAAGAUGACCACAGCCGUGGUGUCGCCUUUCUUCGACUUCGAAGUAAUGAACAAGAACAACAAACUGCUCAGCUACAACAACAACAACAACAACCUGGGUGCCCCCCAUCCCAUGUCUGUCCCUUGCACUGGCACUAAUGUGCCCAUCUCCAGCCCCGCCGGAGCCCUGCUGGACAGGAAGGCGGUGGGAUCUCCCUCUGUGGGAGGCGUGUACCAGCGGCGGCACUCUGUCAGCAGCACAAAGUUCAGCCAGAACCAGUUUCUGAACAGCCUGAAGGCAGCGGACCACUCCUCACUCAUCUCAGGGGUUGGCAAUGCCAUCAACAACAAGGAGACCCGCAUGCGAGACCGCUCCUUCUCUGAGACGGGUGAGAGGCUCCUCAACAAGUGCCUGGGCCCUGCCAGUCCCACCGGCGGCAGCCAAGUGAACUCCAGCCGCUACAAGACGGAGCUUUGCAGGCCCUUUGAGGAGAAUGGUUCCUGCAAGUAUGGCGACAAAUGCCAGUUUGCUCACGGAAUUCAUGAACUGCGCAGCCUGAGCCGCCACCCCAAAUACAAAACUGAGCUGUGCCGCACCUUCCACACAAUCGGUUUCUGCCCAUACGGGCCUCGCUGCCAUUUCAUCCACAACGCUGAGGAGCGCCGUGGACCUCCCCAGCAGUGCUCUCCUCUUAACUCCUCCAACAAGAUGGAGAGGCCUCGACUGCAGCACAGCUACAGCUUCGCAGGCUUCUCCAGCUCAGCUGGGCUGAGAGACAGCCCCACCUCGGUCACCCCUCCACCCAUGUUCUUCCCUGAUGAGGUCCCCGACUGGCCCAGCAGUAACCCCUUCACCUACUCCAGCCAGGAGCUGGCCAACCUGUUUGGCCCCAGCCUCAGUGUUGGUCCUGUAGGCACAGAGCCCAACACCCCUGCACCUCCCUCUCCAACAAGCACACCUUACUAUUUCAGACCCAUGUUGGAGUCCCCUCACAUGUUUGAUUCUCCAUCCAGCCCUCCUGACUCUCUGUCAGACCAAGAGGGCUACCAGAGCAGCUCUGGAGGCAGCCUGAGUGGCUCAGAGUCCCCAACGCUGGAUACCACCCGCCGCCUUCCCAUCUUUAGCCGCCUCUCCAUCUCUGAUGACUAGACUGCACGCAUCCACCAGUGACUUUAAGUUCGAUGACACAAAGAGAACAUGGCACUCCCCUCUACCUCUGCCCUUUUCCUAAGCUUCCCCUCACACAACACCGUUCCUUGUUAGCAUUGUAAGGAUGUAGUCCAUUAAGGGAUCCCCCUUUUUCUCUCUCUCUCUCUCUCUCUCUCUCUCUCUCUCUCUCUCUCUCUCUCUCUCUC